AUGUUCUGCCGUGAGAUCGACUUCGCUAUGGAGGGUCACAAUGCCGUCACCCGUUAUCUAUGGGCUAAGAAUAACAUCGAUGCCGGUCUAUGGCGUAAGCUAACUAAUGCGACCGAGCCACCGGCUAGAUGUCAUCAAAGCUAUGAGCAUCAUCUACGUCGACUUUGUCGUAAACUACGCAAAACUUUCGACACGGAUGAGGCUUUGUCUCGAGCCGAGUACAAAUUCAACACUUGUACCCAGCGAUCUAGCGAGACAUUAUUCCAGUUCAUAUCAAGGCUAGAAACUCUAGCUGACGAGCUGGUAUAUCUACGAGCUGGGCCGAGAGAGUCUACCCUCAAACGACGUCUGUAUGAUGGUCUAUCAUCCAACGAUCUGAAGGAGAAGGUCGAGACCAAGGUGGGCAACCACAAAAUAUCAUAUAAGAAAUUUGUGGAUCGACUGUCAGAGCAUGAGAGGAGGCGGCAGGGCCGACUCCAACGCUCAUCUACGGUCAACAAGCCCAGUGGUAAAUCGACAGGUCGUCUACAUGUCAUCGAGUGUGAAGACGAUCCUCAAGAAGAGACCUAUUGCCAUGCCGUUGGCAGCGAUGCCUUAUCUAUAAAGUGCUAUCGGUGCCUCCAGAGCGGUCACCCAGCUCGACUCUGUACUGAGCCCAAGGUGGUCGAUCUACAGAAAAGAUGCUCUAAGUGCGGCAAUCCAGAGCAUCAAGAGACAGACUGCAAGGUCCCAGUCAACAGGUUAUUCUGCCAACGUUGCCUGAAGAAGGGACAUCUAGCGUAUGUCUGUACUGCUCCUACACCAGCAGAUCAACCGAAGAAGGUGGGACCUAAGCCUAAGAAAGACUUCGGUAAGGGGAAAUCUAAAAAGAUUACUCCUCCUCAAACACCCCCAUCUAACUCUACGGUUAUCCCUUCUGGAGCUG